AUGGUACCAGAGCCAGCGGACAGUCAUCCCUCAACGAGUCCGGUGAAUUCCUCUUCUUCGUCCUCCACAUCGGAGGACAUAUCAGUUGGAUCAAGCCCCAGGCAGCGUCCGACCAUGAUGGACCCUCCUGGUGGAUCCCCUGCGCAAGUUUCUGGUUCGACCAAUGCCACCUCCGUGUCGACCAUCAAUGUCGAUAGCUCCUCUAUUGCUUUUGUGUCGGAAAAACUCAUCGGCAGAAAUUACAGGGAGUGGGCUCAAGCUAUGCGAUUAGCCAUUGGUGGUCGUGGCAAGCUUGGUUUGAUCACUGGAGAAUCGACCGCACCUAGUGACCCAAAGUCUUCAAAGAUGCAGCAAUGGCUCACGGACAAUUCUCUUAUGUGCUCCUGGUUGAUUAACGCUACGUCGCCUUCCCUUAAACGAAGUUUUAUGUAUUUACCUACUACUAAAGACAUGUGGGAUGCUGUUCGAGAAUCCUAUUUUGAUGGUGAGGACCUUGCCCAUCUUUAUGAUCUAAAAACCAGAAUCUGGAAUAUCAAGCAAGGUACUCGCACCGUUACUGACUACUGGUUGGAGCUCAUUGGACUAUGGCAGGAAUUGGAUAUGAUUAUUGAGGAGGAGUGGUCAUCUUCCAUUAAUGCUGCAUGA